UUGGUAUCGGAGUCCAACCACUUUAGAAUGACUAACAGCGACUAAAGCAACAAAACGAUGGCGGGAUCGAGUAUUCACCCACCGAAGUUCGAGGGGGAUUUUACGAUUUAGAAAAAAAAUGGAGGUAUUUUUUAAAACUGAUUUUGAAAUUCUUCUAACUAUUAAAUACGGUUUUGUAGCACCUAAAGAUCAUAACUGAGAUGAAAAGGAAGAAUACCUCUAGAACAAGAAAGAGCAGAGUGAAUUUGUAGCCAACGACAAAACAGAGUUCCAUCGAGCGUACUUCCACCUCAAGAAGUCAAUCGGAUCGGCGCUUACGACUCCACAAAGGAGUUUUGUGAGAAGUUCUUGGAACUUGAUGAAGAAACCUUGGAGGCUAAACUCGCAAGACAGGACUUGCUCCUGAACCAACUUAGCAACCUCCGUAUGGAAAAGGAAGAGACAGUAGCUCAUCUGCACACAAGGAUUAAGGAGUUGAUCACCGGACUCACGAACUUCAGAGAAUCGGUAACAAAUUGGGAUUCACUAAGGUAUGCAUCAAAUGCGUUCCUGACAACACCGGAAUGGACAUUUAUAGUAGGCUCCUACUAUAUUUUCAAGGACCUCGAGCUAAGUAGUUUAGAAAAUUUACUCUAAUUUUGAAUUACAUGAGUCUUAAAGGAAAGAGCCAAAUCAGGUUUAGCACUACAAGCCAACAAGAUUGAGCUGGAUUCCGAACCAUCACUUGACGAAGAAGAAGCAACUUUUAUGGUAAGGAAGUUUUCAAAGUUCUUUAAGUCUAAUAACUUUCAUAAGAGACAAGCCAACAAGAUUCUCUGGGCAAAGAGGAAGAAAAUCAGAUGUUACAAUUGCCAAGAAGAAGAGCACAUCAAAGAUCCGAAACUCAAAAGCAAGGAAAAAGACAAAGGGCUAAGACGAUCGAAGCACAAUAACUUGAAAGCUACGUGGGACGAAACAUCAUUAGAAUCCAAAGUUGAAGCUUACGCUGGACUUGCACUAAUGACAAGUCACCAAGAAGAAGAUGACGAUGAAACCUUGUCCGAGAUGAGCAUGAGAGCAUCGAUGAAGGGGAGCUUUGAAUUACGACACGUUUACACGGGAAUGUUGAGUCAAUGACAAUACUGUCUCUUGGAGCUGACAACCACAAUAAUAGAAGAGACUCAAUAAUGCUUGCAUUUCAAGAUGCAAAAAUUACAGUUCUGGAAUAUGAUGAUUCAUCCCACGGAUUGCGGACAAGUUCAAUGCAUUGCUUUGAGGGGCCGGACUGGCAGUAUCUAAAAAGAGGCAGAGAAUCUUUUGCAAAGGGCCCUGUAAUACAGGCAGAUCCCCUUGGCCGUUGUAGUGGAGUGCUGAUAUAUGGGCUUCAAAUGAUAAUUCUUAAGGCUGCUCAGGUUGGUCAAGGGCUUGUAGGAGAUGAUGAACCUACUACUAGUGGUGGAGCAGUUUCUGUUCGAAUUGAAUCAUCAUAUGUUAUUAACCUGCGUGAUUUGGACAUGAAGCAUGUGAAAGAUUUCACUUUUGUGCAUGGCUAUAUAGAACCUGUUUUGGUUGUACUUCAUGAAAAAGAGCCAACAUGGGCUGGGCGAAUUUCAUGGAAGCACCAUACAUGCAUGAUAUCUGCACUUAGCAUCAACACAUCUCUUAAGCAACAUCCUAUGAUAUGGUCUGCUUCUAAUAUUCCACAUGAUGCAUAUAAACUUCUCGCUGUGCCAUCUCCAAUUGGUGGUGUACUUGUAAUCUGUGCUAAUACCAUUCAUUACUAUAGUCAGUCUAUAAGUUGCUCGCUUUGCCUCAAUAGCUUUGGUCUCCAGCCAGAAAGCAGUUCAGAAAUGCCAAAAUCAAAGUUUGCUGUUGAGCUUGAUGCAGCUAAUGGUACAUGGCUCUCUCCUGAUGUAGCUAUAUUUUCUUCUAAGACAGGAGAACUACUGUUGCUAACAUUGAUCUAUGAUGGAAGGGUUGUUCAGAGACUUGAACUUAUGAGAUCAAAGGCUUCAGUUUUGACCUCGGGCAUCGCAAAAAUAGGCAGUUCCUUCUUUUUCCUCGCUAGUCGUUUGGGAGACAGCCUUCUCAUUCAAUAUAGUAGUGGAACAUCAAGUCUGUCUUCUGCAAAUAUGAAAGAUGAGAUUGCUGAUAGUGAAGGUGAACUCCAUUUGGCAAAGCGCUUAUGCCGGACACCAUCUGAUGCUCUAUUAGAGGUUGCUAGCUAUGAGGAGCUUUCUCUAUAUGGAGCUACUAAUACCUCUGAAAUUGCCCAGAAAUUCUUCUCGUUUAUUGUUAGAGAUUCUUUGAUCAAUGUUGGUCCACUAAGGGAUUUCUCAUAUGGCUUAAGAAUCAAUGCUGAUCCCAAUGCAACAGGAACUGCAAAGCAGAGCAAUUAUGAACUGGUGUGCUGUUCUGGUCAUGGGAAGAAUGGUGCUCUUUGUGUGCUUCAACAAUCAAUUCGGCCAGAGUUGAUCACUGAGGUUGAAUUACCUGGCUGCAAAGGGAUUUGGACUGUGUACCAUAAAGGUUCUCGGGGUCAUGUAGCUGAUACAUCAAAAAUGGAUGAUGAUGAAUAUCAUGCAUACUUGAUCAUAAGUUUGGAAAAUCGCACUAUGGUUCUUGAGACAGCAGAUGAUCUGGGUGAAGUCACUGAAAGUGUGGAUUAUUAUGUUCAAGGAAGCACAAUCGCUGCAGGGAAUUUGUUUGGAAGGCGUCGUGUUAUACAGAUUUAUGCACGUGGUGCUCGUAUUCUUGAUGGUUCUUAUAUGACCCAAGAGGUGCCAUUUGGAGUGCACAACUCGGAUUUAUCUUCCAAUUCAGAGGCACCUGUGGUAGUAUCUGUGUCGAUCGCCGAUCCUUAUGUAUUGCUGAAAAUGUCUGAUGGAAGUAUUCAACUACUUAUUGGAGACCCUUCCACUUGCACUGUUACUGUAAGUGUUCCAACUGUAUUUGCAAGCUCAACUGAACCAAUAUGUGCUUGUGCGCUCUAUCAUGACAAAGGGACAGAACCAUGGCUUCGCAAGACAAGUACAGAUGCAUGGCUUUCUACUGGAAUCGCAGAAGCAAUUGAUGGACAUGAUGGUUUAUAUAAUGAUCAAGGUGAUAUAUAUUGUCUGGUGUGUUAUGAAAGUGGCACACUUGAAUUUUUUGAUGUACAAAACUUCAAGUGUGUCUUUUCCGUGGAAAAUUUUAUCUAUGGAAAAUCCCAUCUCCUUGACAAAUAUGCUCGAGAACCAUCUGCAACCUUUCAGGGUAGUAAAGGGAAAGUUUCUGAAGAAUCUAAUGGCUUUUUAAAGGAGCUAUCACGAGAUAUGAAGAUAGUUGAGUUAGCUAUGCAUAGAUGGCCUGGGCAAUAUACUCGACCAUUUCUUUGUGCAAUAUUAAGUGAUGGAACAAUGCUUUGCUAUCAUGCAUAUUUGUACGAGGGUCAGGAAGGUGCACCAAAAUUUGAAGAUGCAGUUUCUCCUCAGAAGUCUGCUGAUGCUAGUAGCAUAAGUGGUUCCAGGCUUCGUAAUUUGAGGUUUGUCCGUGUUCCUAUUGACAUUGCUACUAGGGAAGAUUCCUCAAAUGUAGUUGCAAGGCCAAGAAUUACAAUAUUUAAGAAUGUUGGUGGGUAUCAAGGAUUAUUCCUUUCUGGAUCUAGACCAGCAUGGUUUAUGGUCUGUAGGGAACGUGUCAGGGUUCAUCCACAGCUCUGCGAUGGCUCCAUUGUGGCCUUCACUGUUCUGCACAAUGUAAAUUGCAAUCAUGGACUAAUAUACGUUACUUCAGAGGGUUAUUUGAAAAUAUGCCAGCUACCAUCUUUAUGCAACUAUGAUAAUUACUGGCCAGUUCAUAAGAUUCCUUUGAGGGGGACCCCUCAUCAAGUCACCUAUUAUGCUGAGAGAAACCUAUAUCCACUGAUAUUAUCUUUCCAAGUUGUUCGACCUCUUAAUCAAGUCCUUUGUUCUAUUGCUGAUCAAGAUAUUGUUCACAUGAAUGACAAUGAUAAUGUUAACUCCGACGAUCUUCAAAAAAACUAUACUAUCGAUGAGUUUGAGAUCCGCAUUUUAGAACCUGGGAAAUCUGGAGGACAAUGGGAAACUAGAGCUAAAAUUCCGAUGCAAACCUCUGAAAAUGCUCUUACUGUUAGAGUGGUCACAUUAUUUAACACAAUGACAAAGGAAAAUGAAACCCUUUUAGCCAUCGGGACAGCUUAUGUACAGGGUGAGGAUGUAGCUGCUAGAGGAAGAAUGUUACUAUACACUUUUGUUAAAAAUGUUGACAGUUCUCAGAAUGUGGUUUCUGAGGUUUACUCGAAAGAGUUAAAGGGUGCUGUGUCUGCCAUAGCCUCUCUCCAAGGUCAUUUGUUGGUUGCAUCUGGUCCUAAGAUCACCUUGCACAAGUGGACUGGUACUGAGUUAAAUGGUAUUGCUUUCUAUGAUGCUCCUCUUCAUGUAGUGAGCUUGAACAUUGUAAAAAAUUUUAUCUUGUUGGGAGAUAUUCACAAAAGCAUCUAUUUUCUAAAUUGGAAAGAGCAGGGUGCUCAGUUGAGCUUAUUAGCCAAGGAUUUUGCUUCUCUUGAUUCUUAUGCAACUGAGUUUCUGAUAGAUGGAAGUACAUUGAGCCUUGUAGUUUCAGAUGAUAAAAAAAAUAUUCAGAUAUUCUAUUAUGCUCCAAAAACAUUAGAGAGUUGGAAAGGGCAGAAGCUUUUGUCUAGAGCUGAAUUUCAUGCUGGGGCCCACGUGACAAAAUUCUUGAGGCUGCAGAUGCUCUCCACCUCUUCUGACCGAACCAAUAUAACUCCUGGUUCUGACAAGACCAACCGGUUUGCCCUUCUAUUCAGUUCACUAGAUGGGAGCAUUGGUUGUAUUGCACCACUGGAUGAGCUAACAUUCCGCAGACUUCAGACUCUGCAAAGAAAACUAGUAGAUGUUGUUCCCCAUACAUGCGGCCUGAAUCCAAAAUCAUUUCGGCAGUUCCGUUCAAAUGGAAAGGCACAUCGUCCUGGUCCAGAUAAUAUGGUGGAUUGUGAGCUUCUUUCCCAGUACGAAAUGCUUCCACUAGACAAACAGCUAGAGAUUGCUCAACAGAUUGUCACGACUCGUUCACAAAUUCUUUCAAAUUUAAGUGAUCUUUCACUUGGCACAAGUUUCCUGUGAUUGAAUGUGCAUUUUAAAUUAUCGGGAACUUCUCCUGCAUCAUAUAAUGUAAUGAACCUGCUUUCCCAUGGUAUACUCUUGCCAAAAGGAGAACGGCUUAGUAUCCUAACUGAUCGAGUGUAGUUUGACAAGAGGACCCCAGUGAUCAAGAAUGUUUCAUUUCGGACGACUACUACCAGAUGCGAUACUUCUAGUAUUCUGCCAGGGUAAUUUGCUGAAAUGCAAAUUCAUAUGCAAAGAUGGUCACCAGGAGUUGUAAUCUUUUUCCCUCCACUUAUCUACGCAGUCAGUUUCUUUUUAUUGCGUUUAUUUAUGUAAGGUCAAUUCUAUCGUCGACUGGGAUUAAUUAAUGGACGUGGCUAUGAACACUCGACAUUGUAAAAAUAGUCUAUUUGAUGAAAUUAACCAAUUCCUAUUAACGUAA